AUGAGCCUGCCAGAAAUCUGCCUGCAGUUUCCAUCCGGAGCUCCCAGACACUACCUCGGGGCCUUGAUGAACUUCAAAUCACGGCGCGGCACAUCGACAACUGCUUCGUCAUGUAAGCCUAGAGCCUCGCGAAUAUGGUAUAUCAAGUCGUGGUUUCGCUGUUCCAAUGCACGGACUGAGGACAACCUGAAGUUCGAGUUCCGCAUCUGUCCAGCGUGGGCAUCGAAACCUGCAACGGCCGAUGCAACCAACAACGCCGCCUUUGAGCAGCUCCCUAAAUAUGAGCCUGGGAGCGACGUCGUCGACGCAGACCCAGCCCUCAUUGUGACCAAGGUCCAUGGGACGCAUCUUCUAGUUCUGAACCGUUUCGCCGUCUUUCGACCACAGUACCUGAUCUUGACGCUCGAUUUGUUCAGAACCCACGGCCAACUGACUGAUUGUUUUUCGCCUACUAAGUGUCGCUAUCGAGCACAGAUCGCUGAUCUAGCCGGGUUCGACGAGACAAGCCCAAUAAAGAAGGAAAACUUCCUCCAGAUCUAUCAGAAGGCUAGCCAGGGGGGCCUCAGCCCGGAAAAUAUCAAGGAUGGAUAG